AGGCGAGAGAAAGCAUGGUCUCAUUGCGAAGACGAGGAUCGCAAAUGACUUUGGAAAUCAGACGACCCGGAUCGAAGAUGCUUACAUCACAUCGCUUGCCAGAGAUCAUCAACGAGAUUGGAAUUGGAUGGUAUCACAUUAUUUCAUUCGUCAUCUUAGUAUGCAUGCCGCUUGCCGAGGGUGCUGGGAUGAUCGUUAUGACCAACAUCACCCACUCCUUGAAGCAUCAGUUUCACCUAUCCACCUGGCAAGCGGGCAGCUUGGAUGCCUUUUCCUUCACAGGCUUGGCCGUGGGGCAUUCAGUGGCGGGUUUCCUGGCAGAUUUGAAGGGUCGACGACUUCCCAUUGUUUUGGGCUACCUGGGGAUCAGCCUGCUGAGUCUUUUCAUGACCAUGUCCUCGGGAUAUUCCUCCAUGGUGGCCUUGAGAAUCCUGCAUGGCAUAGCUUGUGGGAUUGGAGUACCACCAGCAAUGUCCAUGAUUGCAGAGAUUAUGCCAAGUGAUUGGCGGCCGUUCAUGUUCAUCGUCUUCUGGAGUUUCACUGCGGUGGGGGAAACCUAUGCGGCUGCUGGGAUGGUCAUCUUCAUGCCGGAGCUCAAGGAAGACUCGUGGAAGCAGGUGGUCCUGUGGUCAGCAUUUCCUGCCUUUGCCAUGCUGCUGCUGUCAGUGGCAAGGCUUCAGGAGAGCGCCCACUGGUUGGCUGUGCGGGGUCGACUCAUUGAGGCCCGGAUUGUUCUGGAACACAUGGCCAAACUCAACGGGACCUUCGGUUGCAUGCGAAAUCUUGGAUGGUUUGAUGAUAUUUUGCGAAAGGGAACUAGGUAA